ACUUCACAGGUGUCGUGUCUAUUGGCUUGUAAAGCUGUCCCCACGCCCUCACGUGGAGCCAUUUGACGUCACACUCCAGCGAUUACAAAACAACCAGCGUUGCCUGAGAUAAGGCCAACAUUAUCAGAUCAUCGGAAAUAAUUAUCAGACAAGAACAGACUGUGUACCAUGGCUCUCAGAGGUGCUGUGACUCGUUUGCUCUCCAACGCUAAGAAAUGUGCUGCAAUCUCAGCCUCCCGGGCACAGGGCACAGCAGCAGCUUCACCAGCCCAAAACGAAGCCGAAGUGGUCGCCAAGAAGCCAGUUAAAACACCCAAGGUGCAGUUUAACUGGCGUGACGCCCUGGAGCUGGACGGCCUGCUGACAGAGGAGGAGGUGAUGAUCAGAGACUCUUUCAGGACCUACUGCCAGGAGAAACUAAUGCCACGCAUCAUCAUGGCCAACAGACACGAACAUUUCCAUCGUGAGAUUGUCUCAGAGAUGGGAGAGCUGGGUGUCUUGGGGCCAACCAUCCAAGGUUAUGGUUGUGCCGGCACCAGCUACGUGGCCUACGGGCUCAUUGCCAGGGAGGUGGAGAGGGUGGACAGUGGCUACCGGUCAGUCAUGAGUGUCCAGUCCUCACUGGUGAUGCACCCCAUCAACGCCUACGGCACAGAGGAACAGAAGGAGAAGUGGCUACCCAGGCUAGCUCGUGGGGAGAUCUUGGGCUGUUUCGGCCUGACUGAGCCCAACCACGGCAGUGACCCCGCGGGCAUGGAGACCAAGGCCAAGUACAACCCCUCUAGUAGCACCUUCACCAUCAGCGGAGCCAAGACAUGGAUCACCAACUCACCCGUGGCGGACAUCGCGGUGGUCUGGGCUAAGUGUGAGGAUGGCAGGAUCAGAGGUUUCAUCCUGGAGCGUGGCAUGAAGGGCCUGGCAACGCCUAAGAUCGAGGGCAAGUUCUCUCUGCGGGCGUCGGCCACGGGCAUGAUCCUGAUGGACGAGGUGGAGGUGCCCCAAGAGAAUAUGUUGCCCAACGUCUCUGGACUGGCUGGUCCCUUCGGCUGUCUGAAUAACGCCCGCUAUGGUAUCGCCUGGGGAGCUCUGGGUGCUGCCGAGUUCUGCUUCCACGCUGCCCGCCAGUACACACUGGACAGGAUCCAGUUUGGCGUGCCCCUUGCCAGGAACCAGCUGAUGCAGAAGAAGAUGGCGGACAUGCUGACAGAGAUCACCAUCGGCCUGCAGUCCUGUCUGGCCCUAGGCAGACUCAUCGACGACAAGAAAGCGGCCCCUGAGAUGAUCUCCAUGCUGAAGAGGAACAGCUGUGGGAAGUCCCUGGACAUCGCCAGGCAGGCCCGAGACAUGUUGGGAGGCAACGGCAUCGCAGACGAGUACCACAUUAUCAGACACGUCAUGAACCUGGAGGCCGUCAACACAUACGAAGGUACCCAUGACAUCCAUGCCUUGAUCCUGGGCCGAGCCAUCACUGGCCUGCAGUCAUUCACUGUUGAGAAGUAAACUCUCCUCCUUGUCCUAUUACAACGGACUGAAUAACGGACUUAAAGUAGACUGGGAAAGCCUUGAGCUACCCAUCUAUCUGUCUUCUGAGAAGUAAUCACUGAGGGUGUGUGCCUGACUCCUGAUGGACUUCCAUCCCCAAGUGCCUCUGUUUGGUGAGAGUAUAUUAAAGUAAAAGUCAACCUGAAAGAAACACUAGGUCCAAAUAUGAGACGGUUUUGUUUUGCUUAUGUACCUGUACUCAAUCAAUCGACGAUUGAAAUACUAUGUCAGCUUGAAUGUUGAUACAGUAGCUUCAGUCUCCUAUUACGGUGAUACGGGAUCUGUAUAGAUUAGAAAUAUAACUUAUUCCAUAACAUAUCUUAAUGGGUGAGAGGUUGAACCUGAAAGAAACACUGUGUCCAAAUAUGAGACGGUUUUGUUUUGCUUUAGAGAUUUGACCAGAUUUGAUUAGACCAGAUUUCACAACUGGUCUAUUUGAUUUAUUUCUAGGUGAAAGAAAUGAACUGAACAUAAAGCAUAUUUUGAAAUUAUGAAUUGUAUAAUUUCGUAAUUGUGAUACCGACGGCUGACUUAAAUCAGUGCCCUUUUUGAGGACAGAGAAUGUCCCAAUUCAAUGAUCUGCCAUAUCGAAAUAGUCAUAGGAUUAGGGACUCACUUGCAAAGGAAUUUUUUUUUCUCAUUAUUUCACAUUAUCUGGUCAAAAAAGCCAUUGACAUGCAAUCACACUAACUGAAAUGACAAAGAAGCGAGCCAUGGCUUUGUAACAACACACUCAGGUUUAUUAACCAAAACAGUACUUCCAAAAGCACCAGACUUAAAACUGCAGAGCAGGUAUAUUUAAUUAGCUAGUCUACACUUGAACCAGCACAGUUAUUCUAUAACCAACCACCGCACGGGGCUGGCACAGUACAGUGGGGUCAUCAAUGGCUGUCCAAAGGCUGUCAAACUACACUUAGAAAAAAGGUUUCCAAAAGGGCUCUUCGGCUGUCCCCACAGGAGAACCCUUUUUCGUUUCCAUGUAGAACCCUCUGUGUAAAGGGUUCUUUAUGGAACCCAAAAGGGUACUACCUGGAACUAAAAGGAAACUACCUGGAAGCAAGAAGGGUUCUCCUAUGGGGACAGCCAAAGAACCCUUUUGGAACCCUUUAUUUAUAAGAGUGUAGUCACUCACUACUCCGGUGCAGAGUCAGGCCCCUGUUGAGUCCUGCCAGGGCCUGGGAGACGGCGUGUAGCUCAGUGUUGAGCCUACUGCAGCUCUCCAGCACCAGAGUAAGCUCCUGGAGCGUGGCCUGCAUGGCAUGGCUGUUUUCCUCGUAGACAGUGUACAUGUGCUCCUUCAUCUGCCCGCAGAUCUCACCCACCUGAUGGAGAGCAUUGACAUAGAAUAGUAUGUAGAGUACGCUAUAAUGAAACUGUUGGACAGUCUAUGACAAUGUUGUACAACACAAUGGCCUACAAAUAUAACAUACCCAUUUAUACAUAUGUGCAUUUGGUUUCUUGAAGUAAAUACACAUUGGGAAAGUACAUUUUCAAUUGUUGAGCAACUGAUGUGAUAACUAUGCCCUAUGUACAUAGUCAUUGAACACUGGUCACUUUAAUGACCUUUACAUACUGUUUUACCCACUUCAUAUGUAUAUACUGUAUUCUAGUCAAGGCUUUUCCCAUAUAACUACUUCUGUACACAGCUUUUCUAUUCAUAUACUGUCCAUAAUGCCUUAACACACACAUAUAUAUACAUAUAUAUAUAUAUAUAUAUAUAUGUGUGUAUAUAUGGACUCUGACAUUGCUCGUUCUAAUAUUUUUAUAUUUCUUAAUUCCUUUUUUAUUUUGGGGAUUUGCGUGUAUUGUUAGGUAUUACUGCACUGUUGGAGCUAGGAACAUAAGCAUUUUGCUACCCCCGCAAUAACAUCUGCUAAAUAUGUGUACACAACCAAUAAAAUGUGGUUUGAUAAACCGUGA